AUGAGUUGGGUCGCAAGCCUCCUGCUCAACUUCCACAACUGGUGGAAUAACACGAACAGCAUCCGCACAUCCAUCCUCACACAAAAGAUAGCCAACCUCGAAUCCCACAACGCAGAUUUCAAACCGCUUCGAAUCGGCAUCCUCGGCGCUGCGGACAUCAAUUUCGUAGCCAUCAUCGACCCAGUCUCCACCCAUCCGUCGGCCAUCAUCACCGCCAUCGCCGCACGCGACAAGUCUCGAGCUCAAGCCCAAAUCGACGCAUUCAAGUCUCUUCUGCCCGGCGCCGUCAAAGCCCACGGCUCAUACGAUGCCGUGGUGUCGGACCCGGACAUCGACGCCGUCUACAUUCCGCUGCCCAACGGGUUGCAUCACAAAUGGGCGUUGGCCGCGCUGGAAAACGGCAAGCACGUCCUGAUCGAGAAACCCAUGACCUCCAACGCCCGUGAAGCCCGGGAAAUCCGCGACGCCGCGUCUCGUGCGGGCAAGGUCGCUCUCGAGGCGUUCCACUGGCGCUUCCACCCGGCCGCGCACACGGUCAAAGCCAUAGUCCUCGGCGGCGAGUAUGGCCCCGUUCGCUCGGUCAAUCCGGACAUGAUCCUCCCCGCCGGCGUGCUGGGACCGGACGACAUCCGCUUCCACUACUCGCUCGGAGGUGGCGCCUCGAUGGAUUUGACUUAUGUCUACUCGGCAGCGGCGUACUUUGCCGCGCGCGACAUUGCCGAGCCCAACAAUACCACGCAAUUCCAAGUCCUCGACGCAAAACCACGACUCAACAAGAAAGACAAACUGGUCGACGAUGCGAUGCGCGCGACACUCCUGUUCAAGGAACCAUCCGGCAGCAGCAGCAGCAGCAGCGGUGGGCUUGGGCUCGAGACCGAGACCGAGACCAAGACCACCAAGGCCGUCACCUCGGCAGACUUGUAUUUCCCAAAACUGUUCGGCCUGGUUCCCCGGCUGUGGGCCGGCGCCAAUGAUUUGACGAUCCACUGCGAGAAGGCGGAGAUUCUGUUCACCAACUUCGCGGGACCAUGGCUGAACCAUGCCAUCGUCGUCACGCCCGUCACCAGGGACAGCACUACGGGCAAAGUCACGAGCCGAGACAAGAAGAAGACCACCACGCACAAGUGCUACAAAGGAGGACCGGUGUGGGAACGCGAGAAGGACGAUGAUGGAAAAGUCGUGGGCGAGGACUGGUGGACGACCUAUAGGUACCAGCUCGAAGGGUUUGUGAGGAAGAUUCGUGAGACCGAGACCGAGACCGAGACCGGAAGCCAAAGUGGGUACCGGUAUAAAGGGCCCUUUGUGAGUCUGGAUGAGAGCGUGAGGAUCAUGGAGAUCAUUGAUGCUGUCUAUGAAAAGGCCGGCUUGCCUAUUCGAGGACAGUAAGGGCGUUUAUAAAAAUGUGGCUUGCUGCCAGAUUUCUAACAGGUCGCACGGAAUGGAAUACCUUGGGAUAUCUCUCUGCUCGCAGCCUGCUCGGAAAUCACAUU